AAGGAGGGCAGAGCGAGAGGUAUGGAAUAAAGGUUUACUGUUGAUAUUUGUAUUCUCUCUCUUGUUUUCUUGUGCUCUGAGAGAGAGAGAGAGAGAGAGUUGGAUCACCAUUUUCAUCUCCAUUACUGCGAUUGAAGAAGAAGAAGAACAAGAACAAGAACAAGAAGAAGCAGAGAGAUUUGAUUUCAAUGGGGGAAGAAAUGGAGCAACUGGUGAACAUGGGUUUUCCCGACGAACUGGCGGCUCAAGCCUUAGCCGCCACCGGCGGCAAGUCCACUCUCAAAGCCACCGAAUGGAUUCUCAACCAUAAAUCCUCUUCCUCUUCCACUUCGCCUUCCCCCAAACCCAAUCUCCCCAUUUCUUCUAACCCUAAUCUCCAGCCCAAACUCGACCGCUUCUUCCUCUUCCAAUCCCGUCCACCGCCCCCCUCCCUCCCCAAACGAGACGCCGUCGACGACAACCCUACCCCUUCCAAGCGUCCCAAACUCCAGUCGCCGCCGGACGAGCCUCUGUCAGAGCGGAUGCGGCCUCGCACCAUCAACGAUGUGGUUGGUCAAGAUCAUCUACUGGCAAAGAAUUCGAUCCUUCGUUCUGCUCUGGACUGCAAUCGGUUGCCUUCCAUUGUCCUUUGGGGUCCACCUGGUACAGGUAAGACCUCAAUUGCCAAAGCUAUUGUAGGUUCUACUUCUUCUUUCUCUCAGUCUUUUCGAUUUGUGUCUUUGUCUGCUGUUACUUCCGGCGUCAAGGACGUUAGGGAUGCUGUUGAGGAAGCUAGAAAAAUUAGAAUCAAGAAUAAUAAGAGGACUAUUUUGUUUUUGGAUGAGGUUCACAGGUUCAACAAAUCCCAACAGGACUCCUUUUUGCCCGUCAUUGAAGAUGGAAGCAUCAUCUUCUUGGGUGCCACUACAGAGAAUCCUUCUUUCCAUUUGAUCACUCCAUUGUUGUCUAGGUGUAGAGUUCUUACUCUUAAUCCCUUAAAACCCCACCAUGUUGCUUUGAUUUUGAAACGAGCUGUGGAUGAUUGUAUCAAAGGAUUGGCUCGAACUGUUUCCAUGGGGGUUCAAAUCGGGGAGGAUGCUAUUGAUUUCUUAGCUGCUAAUUGUGAUGGUGAUGCCAGGACUGCUUUAAAUGCUUUAGAGAUCUCUGCUAUCACCGCCGCAGCCCGAUCCAACUCCGCCCAAAUAAACGAUUGCUAUGUAGAAGAUCACGAUGGGAGUACCGAUGUCGAAUCAUCUGUGGCUGUUGUUACUCUUGAUGAUGUAAAAGAGGCACUUCAAUGUAAGCAUCUUGCUUAUGAUAAAGCAGGGGAGGAACACUACAAUCUUAUAAGUGCACUUCAUAAGUCCAUGAGAGGAAGUGAUGCAGAUGCUUCAAUUUACUGGUUGGCAAGAAUGUUGGAAGGUGGAGAACAGCCACUGUAUAUAGCUAGGAGACUCGUAAGAUUUGCGAGUGAAGAUGUCGGGUUAGCUGAUCCAUUGGCUCUCAAUCAGGCUGUUUCUUGCUAUCAAGCCUGCCAUUUCAUAGGCAUGCCUGAGUGCAAUGUCAUUCUAGCUCAAUGUGUCGCAUAUUUAGCACUCGCUCCAAAGUCCAUCGCGGUGUACCGAGCGAUGGGAGCUGCACAGAAGGCAGUGAGGGAAUCUGUUGGACAAAAUGAGGGUGUGCCUCUUCAUUUGAGGAAUGCUCCAACAAAGCUGAUGAAGGAAAUUGGAUAUGGGAAGGGAUAUAUUUACACUCCAGAUAAUCCUUCUGCAACUCAAAGCUUCCUUCCACCCUCUCUUCAAGGAUAUAAGUUUCUCAACUGGCCAGACUCGCAAGAUACAAAGAAAUGACCAAUUUGGAGUGGUUGUUAACUGUUAACUUUGGUGGUGAAUACUCUUUUUUGGGGCUUUACCGUUUUCUUCUUGUGAAGUUCUUAACUUUUUGGUGCCUUUUGUUUUUGCCAUUUUCCUCACAGGUCCUUAUCAUUACAUGAAUGCUUAUGUUUGAAUGCAAUGAUGAAAUCUGUCUGAACCCCCCAUCUCUCUUUCAA